AUUUGCAAACUCAACAACCAUGGUGUCCAUCUUCCAGCGCGUGCAGUAUGCGCUGUCUGGCACCACGGCAGGCCGCCGAUUCCAGGAGCAAAUGGACGUCGCGACUGUAGCAAUGCUGACACAUUUCAAGGCGCUGCAGGAUGCCAACCCAGUGGCCGAACCAACAGAGAAGGCCGCUCUGUUUGAAGCGGCGGUGAAUCACAUGGAAGUCAAAUCGUUCGACGACCACAAGAAAUUGGCGCAAGCAGCGUUGACCAGCCAGAUGGAGCAUGUGUUUGACGUGCUUGUGCGGGGCAAAGCUAACGCGGGUUAUAAACCCAGCGUGUUCUCUAUUACAGAAGACUCGACCCCGGCGCAAGAAGCAAAGGGGGCCGAGACACUCGAUGAGAUUGUCCGACGAGAACUUGGCUAUUCGUUGCACGUGCGAGACUCUUCUAUCCCUGGGGCAGGCCGAGGGCUGUUUCUUGAAGGGCGUGCGACCGCUGGCACCGCCAUCGCGCUUUAUCCUGGCACUGUCUACUUGUCUGAGCAUUACCGCAAGAAAUACUUGCAUGUAGUGUCCAACAAUCCAUUUGCCCGCGCUCGGUUCGACGGAGCCAUCAUCGACGCUACGGGCGAAGCAAUUCCGCAUGCGAAUCCGUUGGCGCUGGCUCAACUGGUCAACCAUCCGCCUCCAGACACGAUGCCCAAUGUCAUUCCCAUGGCGUACGACUUUCCUCCAGCUGACCCAUUUCAAACGGAUCCGCAUCAUGCACUCAUUCCCAAUCGAUUCGUCCACCCGCCGUCCAUGCUGGCCAUGUUUGGCAAACGCGCGUUGGUGCAUAGUUUGGUGCUGGUGGCGCUAACAGACAUUGAAGACGAAGAAGUGUUCUUGAACUAUCGGUACACGAAUGCCUAGUUGUGAUCAGAAUGGACAAUGCAUAUGGAUGUGCUUUGUAGCUACAACCCAAAUAUGGAGUACCCGCCUUGGUACACGCCCGUGAACCGCGACGAAGACUUGAACAUGUGGAGCUAGCUAGACCACAAGGAUUACGAGUACAGUAUUGUCGAUUUGGUAUUGUCAAAUCGAUUCGAAACUGGAGCCCUCAGUAGAAUCGAUUGAUUUAGAGAAUUGAUUAAAGAACCGCCUUAACUGUAAGCUAAUCAAAUCACGUUCUGGUGAAUUUCUGCCAAUCCA